AUGCCUGUUCGCAGAGGUCAUGUGGCACCACAAAAUACAUUUUUGGGUACAAUCAUACGAAAAUUUGAAGGGCAAAAUAAAAAAUUCAUCAUUGCUAAUGCUAGAGUGCAGAACUGUGCGAUCAUCUACUGCAAUGAUGGGUUCUGUGAGAUGACUGGAUUCUCCAGGCCAGAUGUCAUGCAGAAACCUUGCACCUGUGAUUUUCUUCAUGGACCAGAGACCAAAAGACAUCAUAUUGCCCAAAUUGCCCAAGCACUGCUUGGGUCAGAGGAGAGGAAAGUAGAAGUCACCUACUAUCACAAAGACGGAUCUACCUUCAUUUGCAACACCCACGUAAUCCCAGUGAAAAAUCAAGAGGGAGUAGCAAUGAUGUUUAUUAUUAACUUUGAGUAUGUAACAGAUGAAGAGAAUACUGCAUCUCCUGAGAAGUGCAACCCAAUACUGCCAUCCAAACUUGUAAAUCGCAAACUUUUUGGGUUCAGGUUACCUGGAUUGAGGCUCUUAACAUACAGGAAGCAGUCCUUACCACAGGAAGAUCCUGAUGCAGUGAUAGUAGAUUCAUCUAAGCACAGUGAUGACUCGGUGGCCAUGAAGCACUUUAAAUCACCUACAAAAGAAAGUGUUAGCCCUUCAGAAGUGGAUGACACAAAAGCACUGAUUCAACCUAGCAAAGGUUCUCCUUUGGUUAAUAUAUCAGGACCUCUUGACCAUUCAUCACCUAAACAACAAUGGGACAGACUUUAUCCCGACAUGAUACAGACAAGCAAUCCACUAACCCAUUCCAGAUCAAAGGAAAGCGUUUGUAGCAUACGGAGAGCAUCUUCAGUACACGAUAUAGAAGGCUUUAACGUCCAUCCCAAGAAUAUUUUUAGGGACCGUCAUGCAAGCGAAGACAAUGGGCGCAAUGUCAAAGGGCCUUUUAAUCAUAUCAAAUCAAGUCUGUUGGGAUCCACAUCGGAUUCAAAUCUCAACAAAUACAGUACAAUCAACAAAAUUCCUCAACUCACCCUGAACUUUUCUGAUAUCAAAAGUGAAAAAAAAUCUUCAUCUCCUCCUUCUUCAGACAAAACAAUUAUUGCACCUAAGGUGAAAGACCGAACGCACAAUGUAACAGAGAAGGUUACCCAGGUUCUAUCCCUAGGAGCUGAUGUUCUACCAGAAUAUAAACUCCAGACACCUCGCAUCAACAAGUUUACUAUAUUGCACUAUAGUCCUUUCAAAGCUGUCUGGGACUGGCUGAUUUUGUUGCUGGUAAUAUACACGGCCAUAUUCACCCCUUACUCUGCUGCUUUCCUUCUAAAUGAUAGCGAAGAACGGAAGAGAAGAGAGUGUGGAUAUUCCUGCAGCCCACUGAAUGUGGUAGACUUGAUUGUGGAUAUUAUGUUUAUCAUUGACAUUCUAAUAAACUUCAGAACAACAUAUGUAAAUCAGAAUGAAGAAGUGGUAAGUGACCCAGCAAAAAUAGCAAUUCACUACUUCAAAGGCUGGUUCCUAAUUGACAUGGUUGCUGCAAUACCUUUUGACCUGCUGAUUUUUGGCUCUGGCUCUGAAGAGACAACAACAUUAAUAGGUCUUCUGAAGACAGCUAGACUGCUGCGUUUGGUGAGGGUAGCACGGAAACUGGACAGAUAUUCAGAAUAUGGUGCUGCAGUUCUGAUGCUCCUCAUGUGCAUAUUUGCACUAAUUGCACACUGGCUUGCUUGCAUUUGGUAUGCCAUUGGAAAUGUAGAGCGACCUUACUUGGCUCAUAAGAUUGGCUGGUUGGAUUCUCUGGGAGAACAAUUAGGAAAGCAUUACAAUAAAAGUGACGCAAGCUCUGGACCAUCCAUCAAGGACAAAUACGUUACAGCACUUUAUUUUACCUUCAGCAGUCUGACAAGUGUAGGCUUUGGAAAUGUGUCUCCAAACACCAACUCAGAGAAAAUCUUUUCCAUCUGUGUCAUGUUGAUUGGCUCAUUAAUGUAUGCAAGUAUUUUUGGAAACGUAUCUGCAAUAAUCCAAAGACUCUAUUCGGGAACUGCACGAUAUCACAUGCAGAUGCUGCGGGUAAAGGAGUUUAUACGCUUUCAUCAAAUCCCUAAUCCUUUGCGGCAGCGACUUGAGGAAUACUUCCAGCAUGCAUGGACAUACACCAAUGGCAUUGACAUGAACAUGGUUCUGAAGGGGUUUCCAGAAUGCUUACAAGCUGACAUUUGUCUGCACCUCAAUCAAAACUUGCUUCAGAAUUGCAAAGCUUUCCGGGGAGCCAGUAAAGGCUGCCUUCGAGCUUUGGCUAUGAAAUUUAAGACAACACAUGCACCUCCUGGAGACACUUUAGUGCACUGUGGAGAUGUUCUCACCGCUCUUUACUUUGUGUCAAGGGGCUCCAUUGAAAUCCUUAAGAGUGACAUUGUUGUAGCCAUUCUUGGGAAAAAUGACAUUUUUGGAGAGAUGGUACAUCUUUAUGCAAAACCAGGAAAGUCAAAUGCAGAUGUGAGAGCUUUAACAUACUGUGACUUGCAUAAGAUCCAACGAGAAGACCUGCUGGAAGUUUUGGAUAUGUACCCUGAAUUUUCUGAUCUCUUCCUCACCAAUCUAGAAUUAACUUUCAAUCUGAGAGAUGAAAGCGCAAAGUCUGACCUCGUAAUAAGAUCACAAACUACUAAUGAUUCGGAUGGAGAUAACUGCAAACUACGAAGACGGAAAUUGUCCUUUCAAAGUGAAAUAGAGAAAGGUUAUUUCAAUGAGAAUAAUCGAAGUGAUCCUGAACACUCAGGGGACAACAUCAGAUAUUAUCAGUCUACUAAGAAACACUUUGAAGAGAAAAGAAGUAGAUCAUCAUCUUUUGUGUCAUCCAUUGAGGAUGAGCAAAAACCCCUGUUUUCUGGGAUAUCUGAUUUUCCACCUGUAACAGGGAAAACCACAGAGGUUGACAUUGAAGAAAUAGUUCAUGCAACAGAAGAUAUUCUUAUUGAUAAAAGAAGCAAUUCUUGCAAAGAUAUCACUGACAAAAGUAACUGGGGGCAGGAGAGCAUUAGGGAGUACCAGGACUCCCCUAGUCGGUCAGCAUUACCCCACGUUACAUGGGGCAUCUGCGAAACCGAAAGUGACUUUAUAUAUGGGGAAGUGGAGAAUCGACUAGAUUUACUUCAGGAACAACUCAACAGGCUUGAAUCCCAAAUGUCUGCCGAUAUUCAAACCAUCCUGCAGCUUUUGCAAAGGCAGUCAACGCUCAUUCCGCCUGCGUAUAGCAUGGUAACUGCAGGUGUAGAAUAUCAGCAACCAGCUAUCCGGGUGAUACAAAAACUUCAUCCUAUAGCAUCAAUUAAAACAGACAGAAGUUUCAGUCCUUCAUCUCAGUGUCCUCAAUUUCUAGACCUCAAAAAAUCAGAACUUAAAUCCAAAGAAUCCCUCUCAAGUGGAGUGCAUCUUAACACUGCAUCGGAGGACAACCUGGCUUCUUUUUUAGAACAAGAACGUCACCAGUCUGCAGAGUGUCCCCCACAGCAUUAUAAAACAACUUACCUCCAUCCAGUUAGGCACCCUUCCUUGCCAGAAUCUUCACUAAGCACUGUAGGAAUCUUGAGUCUUCAUAGGCAUGUUUCUGAUCCUGGUCUUCCUGGGAAAUAA